AUGACGAUUCAAGCUUCCAAGUUCACCCCAGAGGUCCUGCUCUCUGCCCCGCGCAGGUCCCCUGGCAUUCCUAACCCCACCGGCACCAAGGUGCUGUAUACUGUUUCGACCUACUCCUUCGACUCCCACAGCAAAACAUCCCAAACUCGUGUUCUCGAUGUCGAGAGCGGCCACUCCACCCUUCUCUAUGAAGAGGCAAGCUACAGCGACGCAACAUGGAUUUCAGACCGGGAGAUUCUUCUCUUGAGGAGCGGCGACGAGGGAACCACCAGCCUGUUGUUGGGAGACGUCACUAGGCCGUCCACAGUAACCCGGGUUGGUCAUUUCGAAGGCAGCCUCUCUAGCCUCAAAGCCAAGCGACUGUCGGACAAUGAGGUCGCCAUCGCCGUCUGUGUCUUGACAACUCCUGACGGCGCCAUGUACAACCCCGCCGCCGAGAAGAAGCAACACACGACGGGGAAGAUCUACUCGAGCUUGUUUGUCAGACACUGGGACGCUUGGGUUUCUGAAAAUCAGAACUCCAUCUGGUAUGGUCUUCUCAAGCAGGACGAUAAGACGUAUAAGCUGGAGGAUCCGGGCUUGGUCAAUGCUCUCAAGGGCUCGAAGCUACAGUCCCCGGUUCCCCCUUUGGUGGCGCAGAAUGGCAUUGUGUUUAUUGCGCGGGACCCCGAAGUAUCCCCUGCGAUCUACACGAAAACCGACCUCUACUUCAUUCCUCUAAAGUCUUUCGCGGAGACGAAACCGCCAGUGCCGCAGAUUGUCAAGACAAGCAAGCUGCGUGGGUACUCGGCAUCACCCGUAUUCUCCAGGGACGGAAAGAAAGUUGCCUUCACCCGGAUGAAGAGCGAUCAAUACGAGACGGAUAAGCCGAGGUUGAUGCUCGUCCCAGACGUUUUCGAUCUUGCAAGUGUACAGGAGUUUUACCAGACAGAGGACGGUGCUGGCGGAUGGGACGCGCGACCCGAAUGGAUCACUUGGAGCAAGGACGAUUCGGAGCUCUACGUGUCUGCCGAAGAGCACGGCCGUGCGAAGCUUUGGAAGCUGCCCUCGACACCGCACGAGGCGAAAGGUUUGCCAGCAGCGAUCUACGAGGAGGGCUCUGUCAUUGAGGCUAAGCUGUUGGGAGACGACGGCGAGAGGCUCUUCAUCAGUACAUCAUCUCGAGUCGAGAACUCGGCUUACUCGGUCCUGGACCCGGUCAGCAAGAAGACCGAUCUUGUCUCGUCGAGCUCGAAGCAUGGCAAGUCUUUCGGCCUGUCCAAGUCACAGUGUGACGAGUUCUGGUUCAAGGGAGCAGAGGGAUACGAUGUACACGCUCUGGUGGUGAAACCAUCAAACUUUGACGAGAACAAGAAGUACCCCCUUGCUUUUCUCAUCCACGGAGGACCGCAGGCUGCGUGGAUGGACAGCUGGAGCACGCGGUGGAACCCAGCCAUCUUCGCGGAGCAGGGCUACAUCGCGGUCAUGCCCAACCCGACGGGAAGCACUGGUUACGGACAGCAGCACACCGAUAACAUCCAGAACGAAUGGGGUGGCCGCCCGUACGUCGACUUGGUAAAGUGUUUUGACCACAUUGAGAAAAACAUUCCCUACAUUGACUCGGGCAACGCCGUCGCUCUGGGCGCUUCCUACGGAGGCUACAUGAUCAACUGGAUCCAGGGCCACGAGCUCGGAAGAAAGUUCAGGGCGUUGGUGUGCCACGACGGCGUUUUCUCAACACUUAACCAAUGGUCUACUGAAGAGCUCUUCUUCCCUCUCCACGACUUCGGCGGCCCUCUAUGGGAGAACCGUGAGGGCUACGAGAAGUGGGACCCUGCCCACCAUCUUGACCAGUGGUCGACGCCUCAGUUGGUCAUCCACAACGAGCUGGAUUAUAGGUUGCCCAUUUCCGAGGGUCUGGCAAUGUUUAACGUGCUGCAAGCUCGCGGCGUGCCCAGCAAGCUGUUGAUGUUCCCAGAUGAGAACCACUGGGUGUUGAAGCCUGAGAACUCGCUUGUCUGGCACAGAGAGGUUCUGGGCUGGAUCAACAAGUACACGGGUAUUGAAAAGUCUGAAGAACUAGCCGUCAGGCAAAACUAA